AUGGGACUUUGGAAUAGUAAGACUGAUGUAGGAGAGGAAUUAAGUAACAAUAAAAGGGCAGUAACUAGAGCUAUUCGAAAUAUUGAUCGUGAGAUCCAAAAAUUAGAAACUGAAGAAAAGAGACUUUUAAAGGAAGCUAGAGAGGCUCUUAAGAAAGAUCAUACAGAGGCUACAAAAAUAUUCAGUCGAGAUGUAAUUAGGGUUAGGAAACAGACAAAUAAGCUUAAUUUAGUCAGAAGUCAAUUGAUGGGUAUUGAACUCCGUUUGGUCUCAGCACAAAGUCAAUUGCAGAUCAACAAUGCUUUGACAAAUUUGAGCUCAGUUAUAGGUAAAGUUAAUGAAUCAACUGAUCUUCAAAAAAUACAACAGUUACUUAAGAACUUUGCAAGAGAUAGUCAGAACCUAGAUCUUAAAGAUAAUAUAAUCAAUGAUUCAAUUGAUAUAACUAUGGGAGAGAGUACUAUGGGGGAUGAUGACGAAGUUUUAAUCAACGAAGUUUACAAUGAACUCCUUUUAAAUAUUGAUAAGGAAGUAGAGAAACCUCGUAAAUCAUUUGCAACAAUUAAAACACAGGGUAUAGAGAAGACACGUAAAAAUAUGGAUUCAACUAGCCUAGAAGAAAGGUUAAAACAGUUGGGUCUUAGUCAACAAUUUAAUAGUUGA